CUUUGGAACAUCUACAUCAUAAGCAUUUAGAGUAAACUUGUGAACAAUGACUGGACGAGGCAAAGGAGGCAAAGGUUUGGGUAAAGGAGGCGCGAAGCGUCAUCGCAAAGUCUUGCGUGAUAACAUCCAAGGUAUCACCAAGCCCGCUAUCCGACGAUUGGCUCGUCGUGGUGGCGUCAAGCGUAUCUCUGGAUUGAUCUACGAAGAGACUCGUGGUGUCCUCAAGGUGUUCCUUGAGAAUGUCAUCCGUGAUGCCGUCACCUACACUGAACACGCCAAGCGAAAGACCGUCACCGCCAUGGACGUGGUCUACGCUAUGAAGCGACAAGGCCGAACCCUUUACGGAUUCGGUGGUUAAACAAACCCUACCCAUCAGCAA